AUGCCUGUGAGAUUGCAUUCUCCUUUGUAUACCCUCAUAGUGGUCUUCACAUGGUGGGCUGCUUUCACACUCAAACCUGUGCAAGCUGAAAGUGAUGCGUCCGAGGUCAACCUAGGUCCUAUUGGUGUCCUACCCGUUUGGCUAGUUAUCAUCAUAGCCAUUAUUCUUGCUGCUCUCGUGAGCGGCUUUGGCUAUCUUCUUUGGAGACGAUAUCGCGGCGACAGGGUGGACCCGGAGAUUGGGUUGAGCCGAUUUCGAGAAAGUGGCAACUGGAAAAAAAGAUGGAGCCGUGCUGUCAAACCAUCCCCCAGCAGUCCCUUCCGUGCUGGAACCAUACUAGGCGGCGAUCCAGUUGAUGGCGGCCGUGGCGAGUCUUCACACGGGAAGAGCCAGAUCCGGAUUGGAAGUGCAAAGUUGGGGAAGGCGAAUGGUGAGGUGCAUUCUGAAACUGGUCCUGCAAAGCCCUCGGACUCUCUAUCGCGCGGAAGAUCGCGACGUAGACGGAGUCUGGAAAGGGCAGCUUCGCGGAAAGGGGCACCUCAAGGUGGGGAAGUGACCUCCCCGGCUUACUUGCAGCGCCAGAGGACUGCUGCUUCCUCCCAUGGUAUGUCUGACAGGGACAUAGCGCUUGUGGCGGCCACUACAAAUUUUAGAGAUUCUACCGAGACCCUGGAGCCCGAUGAGGAUAUUUUGUCUAUGAUGAAGGCGAGCGGCCGUGGUGAUUUGGGACUUGGAUCCGGAUUUGUUGAUUUGCCUACUGCAUCCGUCGUCGCAAUCGAGGAAGAGAAGAUCGAAGUUUCAGCAACUAUGAGAUCGGCUCGUACAGGUGCGGAUGGCUUGACUCGCUCUAACACGAGCAAGUCGAAUAUUUCUCGGAAAGAUACAAAGCGCGCAUCCUCGCGACGACGAGGCGGUAACGACAUAUCCCUGCGGGGAUCUCCACCUAAUGGAGAAGGAUAUCUUUCUUCAAGCGGAACCGAUGGACGCAACGACCUCAUCCUCCCACCAGCCGCUCACUCGACAGGUCGGGAACGCACUUUUGAUGGGGAGGACCUCGUGAGGAGCCGAUCAGCAGGACGAGAAGAGCGCCAUGAACGGUCCUCUCGAGCCAGAUCGUCAUCUCGAUCUCGUACUACAUAUCGAGGUGACCGGGUUGCUCGCGACGCUCGAGACGACAGUACUACUGACGAAUAUGAAGCAGAUCGCUCAAGACAAAGGCAACGCAGCAUGCGUAAAGGUGCGCGUGGACACAGCAACCCACGAGAAGAAUCUGCAAUGGAAGAAAAUGAAGCGGAUCGCUCAAGACGCAGAGGCACUUCCCGUUCGCGUACACGGAACCGUUCCUCGUCUCGUGCAGGUCGCCCACGUGUUCAUGGACAGUCCAGUGAUUCGGAGGGUAGCGAUUCGAAAUUACCCAUACAGCGUUCUGUAAACCGCCACAGAUCAUUAUAUGAAUCCGAGUCUCAGUGCCGAUCCUCCAGUGUUGAUCCAUCAAGGAGAAGGACAGGGACAGGCAAGAAGGCAGCGUCCCGAUCUCAGUCAAUAGCGCCACAACGAAAUAGACGUCGACACGGGGACCAAUUAGCAGGAGAUGAUACUCCUCUUGCUACCGUUGCCUUGCAAGUGUUGCAGCAGAAUUUGACUAGGGACCCUUCCCGAGGACGAGCUAGAGAACAUAGCGGAAGGGAGCGAUACAAUGGAAGUGGGCGACCGACAUCGACGUCUACCGAGGUGUUGGUGAUUGAUUGA